UCUACCUCUCCUUUUCACUCAUGAUCACAACAAGCAAGAGUCAGAGAUAUUUGUUACGGUUUCUUGUGCUCCACGGUGGAGCUUGGGCCUCCGCGGCUCCCUCCAGCGAGAAAACGCUCUCUCAGACACCCACUUGGGCCGUCGCGGUCGUCUGCACAUUUCUCAUCAUCAUUUCCCAUCUCCUUGAAAAGGGUCUUCAUAGACUCGGCAAUUGGUUAUGGAAAAAGCAGAAAAACUCUCUGCUAGAAGCCUUAGAGAAAAUCAAAGCUGAGCUGAUGAUUCUUGGAUUCAUUUCCUUAUUACUCACAUUUGGAGAAACAUACAUUCUCAAGAUCUGUGUUCCUUCAAAAGCUGCUCUCUCUAUGUUACCAUGUUCAUCUGAAAACACGAAUACUCUGCCUCCAUCUCUUAGCAGACAUCUUCUGGCUGCUGGUGAUUUAUCUGUGAAUUGCAAAAAUGGAUCUGAGCCACUCAUAACUGUGAAAGGCUUGCACCAACUUCACAUCUUGUUGUUCUUCUUGGCCAUCUUUCAUAUCCUCUAUAGUUUAAUCACCAUGAUGCUUGGCAGACUUAAGAUUCGUGGAUGGAAAAAGUGGGAGCAAGAGACUCUGUCUCAUGAUUAUGAGUUUUCUAUUGAUCAAACAAGACUUAGGCUCACUCAUGAGACUUCUUUUGUGAAAUUGCAUACAGAUUUCUGGACAGCAGUUCCUUUCUUCUUUUACGUCGGGUGCUUCCUGAGGCAGUUCUUUGUAUCUGUGGGAAGAACUGAUUACUUGACUCUGCGCCACGGAUUCCUCUCUGCUCAUUUAGCUCCGGGAAUAAAGUUCAACUUCCAGAGAUAUAUCAAAAGAUCUCUCGAGGAUGAUUUCAAGUUAAUAGUUGGAAUAAGUCCAGUGCUUUGGGCAUCAUUUGUGAUAUUCUUGCUGUUUAAUGUUAAUGGGUGGAGAACAUUGUUUUGGGCAUCAAUACCUCCUGUGCUAAUCAUUUUAGCUGUUGGAACAAAGCUUCAAGCGAUUUUGGCAACAAUGGCGCUAGAAAUCGUAGAGACACAUGUAGUAGUUCAAGGGAUGCCUCUAGUGCAAGGUUCAGAUCGAUACUUUUGGUUGGAUUGCCCUCAACUGCUUCUUCAUCUUAUUCACUUUUCCUUGUUUCAGAAUGCUUUCCAGAUAACACACUUCUUCUGGAUAUGGUAUUCUUUUGGAUUAAAGUCAUGCUUCCAUAAAGAUUUCAACCUUGUAGUCAUAAAACUCUUUCUAUGCCUAGGAGCUUUGAUCUUAUGCAGCUACAUCACUCUCCCGUUGUACGCUCUUGUGACUCAGAUGGGUUCACACAUGAAGAAAGCAGCGUUUGAUGAACAAAUGGCAAAGGCAUUGAAGAAGUGGCACAAAAAUAUCAAAAUGAAGAAAGGAAAAGCAAAGAAGCUCCUGAGCAAAACACUUGGUGGUUCGGGGAGUUUCAGCAUCUCCCCCUCUUCCUCUGGAACCACUCUACAUCGUUCCAAAACCACUGGUCACUCUUCUAACGCCAUAUACUACAAACAAGAAGAAGAACACGACGAGAUGUCUGAUCUUGAAGCUGGUGCAGAGGAUGCCACUGAAAGGUUUCACAAACAGCAUAAGCCAUUCCACCAUCCUUAGCUGUUUUUAGUGUACUCUUAUUACUUAAAGGUUGAGAUGUUGUGAGAGAACAAUGUUUCUACUGAUUAGCCAACAAUAGAUUUAUUUAUAUUAACUUAAUCUACAGACUACAGAUUAUUAAGCAUUAAUUAGUGUGACCAUUUU